UCACUUUAUAGAUCUAGUUUCGAUUGUCUAGAAAUACUAUUCUAGAAUCUAGAUAUCUAAGAGUAGAGUGUAAUCUAGACUUAGAUUCCACUGGGGAGAAUAAUAUAAUUAUAAACUACCAUACUUUUUAAAAAAUUAUUAAAUAAGAAUCUAUAACUUUACUACUCAUUUAACUCAUCUAGUGAGACUAGAGACUAGUAUCUACUGACACUACUGUCCUGAAAAACUAGGGUCCUUCGAUGUAAAGUUUUACCGGCCCGUCUAGACUAGGAUCUAGCUUAGCUACCUAGUCUAAGUCUAGAGUGAUACUCUGAACUCUGAAGUGAUACUCACAUACCUGAUAGACUAGUAGAUCUAGAGAGUGUAGCACUGAAAAUGACGAGAGCAUGCUCUCACGUUCGUUGUCCGGUUGUUCGAAUGAAACAUUAUAGAAUUCAAGGAAUAACUUUUUUCAGAUUUCCCCACAAUCUUGACAUUCGGCAAAAGUGGAUAAAAGCCAUGGAAAGGGGAGAAGAAUGGAACCCUGAUGCAUAUGAUUUUGUUGACAGUACACAUUUUACAGAUGAAGAUUUUGAUGAAAUGCAUAAUCUAAAGCCCCAGGCGAUUCCUACAAUUUUUGGCAGGAUUACCAAUGUCAGAACUGUAUUAUACUACCCAAUUGAACCUAGACCUGCUGCCACUGCUGAUGAUAAUGAAACUUUAAAUAAGGUUAACCAUGUCACAACUGAAAUAGUCUACCCAAGUGAAAAUAGAACUACUUCCACUGCUGAUGAUAAGGGAGCUCCAGAUAAGGUUAACCAUGUCACAACUGAAAUAGUCCACCCAAGUGAAAAUAGAACUACUUCCACUGCUGAUGAUAAGGAAGCUCUAGAUAAGUGCCAUGACUAUGCAGCUGCUUGCCCACAAAUUCUUAAGCAUAAACUUGAGAUUGCUAAUAAUAAAGUUGCAGGUCUGAGAAGAAAGUUAAGAAGCUCAAAGGGGAUUCAGGUUUAUUACAAGCGCAAAGCUGUUUCCUUGAAAAAGGAUUUAAAAGAAAAGAAUAAGCUAAUAAAAGAGUUAAAAACCCAACUUGAACAAUUUAAAGACUUUCCCAUGCACUUGUUUACGAAGCCAUCAAGAAGCAGCACGUACAGCAAUGAACAAAUGUCCUUUGCCUUAACUUUACACUCUCACAGCCCCAAGGCUUAUGACUACUUGGCAACCUUAUUGAAUCUUCCUGCAACCAGAACAUUGAGAAGGAGACGAGCCAAAAAUGAUGUCUGUCCAGUAUCAGUUAAUGAUGACGCUUCAGUAUCAACUAAUAAUGGCUCUUCAUUAUCAACUAAUAAUGGCUCUUCAGUAUCAACUAAUAAUGGCUCUUCAGUAUCAACUAAUAAUGGCUCCUCAGUAUCAACUAAUGAUGGCUCUUCAACAUCAGUUAAUGAUGGCUCUUCAGUAUCAGUUAAUCAUGGCUCUCCAUUGAUAAUAAAUGAUGUUUUUUCAUUGUUAACUAAUGAUGGUUCUCCAGUAUUAACUAAUGUUACUCCAGUAUUAACUAAUGAUGGCUCUCCAAGAUUAAUUAAUUAUGGCUCUCUAGUAUUUACUAAUGAUGGCUCUCUAUUGUUAAAUAAUGAUGGCACUCCAGUUUUAAGUAUUGAUGGCUUGCAUUUUUAACUAACUGUGGCUCUCCAGUAGAAACUAAUGCUUCGUGGAAGCAUUCAAGGAAUUUCAAAAGUAUAAAGCCAUGUCAUAAAGCAUUAUUUCUAGUGAUGGAAUCAUGGCACAUAAAUUUGAAGCAUUCAAGGAAUUUCAAAAGUAUAAAGCCAUGUCAUAAAGCAUUAUUUCUAGUGAUGGAAUCAUGGCACAUAAAUUUGAAUUCUCCAAGAAAAUUAUCAGUCCAUCGGCAAGAAACUCACUUCAAGACAUACAGUCAAAAAAGAAUUUGAGGUUCGCACUGAUGUGAAAGAAAUAACGGCUUCUGUACCUGAUGCCUUGUUUUGUUUACGGUUGUUACCUUAUAGCACUAACUGCUGGUAGACAACUAAUUUGAAGUAGGCGUGUUUAUCUCAACUAAUAAAACUUCAAAUAAUUUGAAUAACUUCUUUGUGAACAAUACUAAAUAUAACUUUUGUUAUAAUAUAGACAUAAUCAACUUGAUAUGAAAUAAAAUAAAUGUAGAAGACUUUAGUAAUAAUAUUUCUUAAAAUCUAAUUCAACACAAUAGCACAACCUCUUGUCUCAAGUUCUUGGGUGGUCUAAGACCAAUGAUGCCACCUAUCUUGCAUCAUUCACAACCAAUGGCUAACCUCUUCCCACCAUCACCAUACUAACACAAAAUUUAAGGCACACUCCCUAACACUGUUAGACUAUCUAUUUGAAACUGGAAAAUCUGAAACAGUCUAUUUUAUUUUUUUUAUAAAGUGAUGCCAACUGUACAGUUCAAAGCAGGGCUAAUUGAGGAAUCAUUUUUUUUUAUCUUAGUAACUUGUUAACAAAAAAACAUUUGAUUGGUAUAUUAUUAUCCAGAUGGGUACUAAGCACAACAAUGAAUCUGUAAAUAAGUCUCUAAAAAAUCAUGUUACAAUUUGUAAAACACUAAAGCAUGUGUGUUAAACCACAAAAUUCUCAUUCAAGUUAUUAUUAAUUACUGACUUAAAAAUAAAAGCUGUUUUAAAAGACGCCAUCGAAUGGCAUUGUAAUUGUACGCCUGUCUGCUAAUAAUACAUUUAAGGUCUAUAGUAUACUAAUGUGCUGUAAGUUCUUAAGUCUUUAUACUAACUUUUUUUUAGCUUCUGUCAGUCUAAUGACUUUUCAUUGUGGGGGGUUGUGUGAUAGUUUGCAUAACCAAAUUCCCUUCAUUUUUCCGUCAGCAGCUCUUCUUAGUAGGAUAUCAAGAGCUUUUCUUUGGACGAGUCUUUCUUCGCGCUCUGUUUUAAGUCAAUAAUUGUCUACAUUUAUUGUAUUUAAGGGUUAGUAAUUUGCAUUGUAUCUUCUUUGUUAAGAAGAUUGGAUGUUGCGGUAUAUAUUUUCUAUUUGAACUGUGACGACAUGGUCUAAAUUGUGCCGAUGUGCCAAAAACUCAAACAAUUUAAACUGUUAAUAUAUAACAAAUCAGACAAUGACAAGAAUAUAGUUUUGUCUUUAUGCUUGUAAAUAUUAUUAUUGUUUUUUGUUUUUUUUAAAACUUUUUCAUCAAAUAAUUUUAUUAUCAUUCAUCAAAGAUUCACACUUCUUUUAUGCAAUGUGCAAUGCUAUGAAAUUACAUACCUCCACAUGUUGUAUAUUGAGAUGUCAGGAAAUAAAAUUGGUUUAGUAAAUAAGACUAGCAGAGCUAUUGUCCUUUCACUGAAGAAAUAUUUUAGAAGUUAGUUGUUUUUUUUUUUUUGUUUUAAAUAUCAAAUAAAUAUAUAUACUAUUUCUUAAUUGUUCUCAUCAUCAAGUAGGACGGUUCAGAUAAUCUAUGAUCAUUGGUGCAGAGAUUUCCAGAUCAGGCAGUUUUGCAUAUAUCCUGAAGGGAGUGUUCUGGGGCCUGUAUCUUUUUUUUUUUUUUGGGGGGGCUUCUUUAUAAAAGGAUAAAUAUACCGAUGAUCAAUGCUUGUAAUUGUUUGAUUACUUGUAGAUGUAAUGUGAAUGAUCUAAAUAUCCAUAUUGAUGUUCUCAUCAAUCUUGUUAAUGCAAAGACAGAAAUGGCUGCCUGGUGAUGGAGUGUGAGCGCUGGACUGUCGUUUGGACUUAUUGUUGAAUGUUUUGCUUUCAAAAUGACCUGAAAGCUUGAGAAAGUGUGUCAACUAAUAAGUUGGUGAUGAAGUUGUGAUGCAUUAAAAUAUUUGAAUGACUUUUUUGUUUGUAAUUAAAUUGUCAAGAAUACAUUCCUGUUCUACCUAGCCAUCAUUGCGCUGUACAUUUGUACAUGAUAUAAUGGUGCUCUGUGUUUCCAAUAGACUGCAACUCCAAUAGCAUCCAUACCAGAAGUUUAUAAAACGAUGUGAAGAAAUAUCCCAAUAAAUUGUUGACUAUU